CAAGGGAAUCUGCCACCGUCCACCCCAUUCCCCGCCCCCGCCGCUUCCUCCUCCCCUUCCGCCCCCCUCGCCCAGAUCCGAAGCCAUUAAACGGAGCGCCAGUGGAUCUCUCCUCGGGGAGCGGCAGCGCCAUCGGCAUCGGGGCGGAGAGAGAGCCACCCAGCCAUGAGAUGGUAUGCAUCAGUAGCCUGAGGGCGUUGGUGCUGCGUGCGGCGGCGGGCGCGAGCAGGCGCCGGGGAUCCAGGGUCCUGUGCGGCCGGGCGGUGGAUGCGUGCGUGACGCCCCGCACGCGCGGGCACGGUUGGCGCGGGUUCCGGGCUGUGGCUGGCGCCAGGACCAAGAUGAUGCUCGACUCCUCCGACUCUGACCCCGCCUCGGCGGUGGGGCAGUUGCAGCUGCAGCGCCGCGCCGCGGCGGCCGGGGCCCAGCCGCAGGACGGAGGCGCCGGCGGCUACGCCAGUGGUGGGUGGCAGAGAGAAGACGGUAAACUGAAAUGUGGGUAUUCAAGUUUUAGAGGGAAAAGAGCCACAAUGGAGGAUUUCUAUGAUGUAAAACUUACUGAAGUUGAUGGACAGCCUGUUAGCCUAUUUGGUGUAUUUGAUGGUCACGGAGGGUCACGUGCUGCUGAGUAUUUGAAGGAACAUUUGUUCGAAAACCUUAUGAAACACCCCAAGUUCUUGACCGACACAAAGCUUGCUAUAAGUGAAACAUAUCAGAAAACAGAUUCAGAUUUCUUAGAAUCAGAAUCCAAUGCCUUCAGGGAUGAUGGUUCCACAGCAUCGACUGCGGUUUUAGUGGGUGGUCAUCUUUAUGUCGCAAAUGUUGGCGACUCCCGUGCUGUUAUUUCAAAAGCCGGCAAAGCUAUGGCACUCUCAGUAGAUCACAAACCUAACAGGACUGAUGAGCGUAAGAGAAUUGAAAAUGCUGGAGGUGUUGUCAUCUGGGCUGGUACUUGGAGGGUCGGUGGCGUACUGGCAAUGUCCCGUGCAUUCGGCAAUCGUCUACUGAAGCCAUUUGUGGUGGCAGAACCUGAAAUUCAGGAAGAAUUGGUCGAUGGAGAUUUGGAAAGCCUGGUUCUUGCCAGUGAUGGGCUUUGGGAUGCUGUAGAAAAUGAGGAAGCUGUUUCCCUUGCGAAAACAGAAGAUGUGCCAGAGUCAGCGGCGAGGAAACUCACGGAGAUUGCCUACUCUCGAGGCAGCGCCGACAACAUUACAUGCAUCGUGGUGCAGUUCCAGCAUGAUAAAACUGGAGGAUAAGAUGGACGACGUUUCUCUGCUUCAGGUUACUAUUAUUAUCCUGCAAGCCGAGUGGGCUUUCUCCCAGAUCUAUUGCUUGUGUAGCAACUGCUAAGGAUUGUUUCUAUUGAUUCUUUUCCUUUUGUGGGAGACUUUUGUUUUUGGAGAUUUGUAACUCGCAUAUUUGAAUUCAAUGCAUACUUAUUAAUUUCACCAUGUGUUCGCCAA